AGCUCCUCUCCGGGAAGGUCCCCACUUGACAGCUCUGGGCGACCGGAGGCGGCGCCCAGAGGCUGCCCGGGAGACCGGGGCUGGGCUGGCGGGGGCCAGGACCCCGCGCCCUCUCUGCCGCUCACUCUCGCGGCCACUCCCUCGCAGCCACGCCGAGCGCGCACUCCCACUCCCUCUCCGCACGCGGCUGCGGGGCGCGAUGGACGCGGCACUGCUCCACAGCCUGCUGGAGGUUAACUGCAGCCUGGCGCUGGCCGAAGAGCUGCUCUUGGACGGCUGGGGGCCACCCCUGGACCCCGAGGGUCCCUACUCCUACUGCAACACGACCUUGGACCAGAUCGGAACGUGCUGGCCCCGCAGCGCUGCCGGAGCCCUCGUGGAGAGGCCGUGCCCCGAGUACUUCAACGGCGUCAAGUACAACACGACCCGGAAUGCCUAUCGAGAAUGCUUGGAGAAUGGGACGUGGGCCUCAAAGAUCAACUACUCACAGUGUGAGCCCAUUUUGGAUGACAAGCAGAGGAAGUACGAUCUGCACUACCGCGUCGCCCUUGUCGUCAACUACCUGGGCCACUGCGUAUCUGUGGCAGCCCUGAUGGCUGCCUUCCUGCUUUUCCUGGCCCUGCGGAGCAUCCGCUGUCUGCGGAAUGUGAUUCACUGGAACCUCAUCACCACCUUUAUCCUGCGAAAUGUCAUGUGGUUCCUGCUGCAGCUCAUCGACCAUGAAGUGCACGAGAGCAAUGAGAUCUGGUGCCGCUGCAUCACCACCAUCUUCAAUUACUUCGUGGUGACCAACUUCUUCUGGAUGUUUGUGGAAGGCUGCUACCUGCACACGGCCAUCGUCAUGACCUACUCCACCGAGUGCCUGCGCAAGUGGCUCUUCCUCUUCAUCGGAUGGUGCAUCCCCUGUCCCAUCAUCAUCACCUGGGCCAUCAGCAAGCUCUACUAUGAGAAUGAACAGUGCUGGUUUGGCAAGGAGCCUGGUGACCUGGUGGACUACAUCUACCAAGGCCCCAUCAUUCUCGUGCUCCUGAUCAAUUUCAUAUUUCUGUUCAACAUCGUCAGGAUCCUAAUGACAAAGUUACGUGCGUCCACCACAUCCGAGACAAUCCAGUACAGGAAGGCGGUGAAGGCCACCCUGGUGCUCCUGCCCCUCCUGGGCAUCACCUACAUGCUCUUCUUUGUCAAUCCCGGGGAGGACGACCUGUCGCAGAUCGUGUUCAUCUAUUUCAACUCCUUCCUGCAGUCGUUCCAGGGUUUCUUCGUGUCUGUCUUCUACUGCUUCUUCAAUGGAGAGGUGCGCUCGGCUGUGAGGAAGAGGUGGCACCGCUGGCAGGACCAUCACUCCCUUCGAGUCCCCGUGGCCCGGGCCAUGUCCAUCCCUACAUCACCCACACGGAUGAGCUUCCACAGCAUCAAGCAGACCGCCGCCGUGUGACCCCUCGGUCGCCCACCUACGCAGUUCCCCCAUCCUUCUUCACUUUCUUCCUCUGUAUUCUCCUUGCUGGGCAGGCUCUGGUGGGGCAGGAAAUGGGAGGGGAGAGACCAGCUCUCCAGCUUGGCAGGAAAGAAGGGGUGCGGCAGCCAAGGGGGACUCCAAGGGACAGGGACCAGUGGGGGCCGCCAGGUUCAGUGCGAGAGGGAGCAGAGGGAAUUCACAGGACCCCCUGAGAAGAGCCGGUCAAAUGUCUGCAGGCAUUUGCCCAUCCCAGCCUCUCUGGCCAGAGCCUCACUGUAGAGAGGGAACUGAGGCCCAGAGCAGAGAAGGGCCUGUCCAACACACACAGCUAUUUAUAGUGGCAGACACGGGGCUCCCCUGCCCUACUCACGGUGCCAGCAGUCAGGUGAUGGUGUGGCCCUGCACCAGCCCUUGGCCCCCACACUCAGUGGUGCCCCUGCAGCUGGGUGGGGUAUGCCAGCUGGAGCAAAGGAUCAGUUUGGCUGCCUUAUCCCAGGGGCUGUCACCUAGAGAGGCUCACUUGUGCCCCACCCUUGUUCCUCUGUCCCCUCCCCAGCCAUCCUCCCGCCUCAGGGGCUCCAUGAAGGAUGCAGGCGUCCAGGCCAGGCUUCCUCUCUUGGGAGACCCCUUCUCUGCCUAGUCCACAGAUUAGGGAAUCGAGGAAGACGCCAUCAGGGCAGCCACAUUCUUAAGUCAACCAGUUGCAUCGUGCGGGGCAAAAUGAGGAGCAGAGGCGUGGAGGAUGGAGGCAUGGGAUGGGAAUAGCAGAAACCAACUAUGUCUUCAGUGAUUGAAACUCACACCCCAUUGCCCUUCACCCUCCAGCCUCCCCUUCAGAAACAUCUCUGCUCUCUGUGAAAUAAACCAUGCCUCUUG